CAUUUCACAGAAACACAUUUUAGAAGAGAGAGAGAGAGAGAGAGAGAGAGAGAGAGAUGGAAGGAGAUGAAGUGACGUUGUUCGGGAUGUGGCCCGCACCGAUGGCACUCCGGAUCGAAUGGGCACUGAAGCUCAAACGAAUCAAGUACAAAUACAUCGACGAAGAUCAUUACACCAAGAGCCCUUUGCUUUUGAAGUACAAUCCAAUCUAUAAGAAGGUUCCAGUGCUUGUGCACGGCGGACGGCCGAUCGUCGAAUCGCUCGUUAUACUCGAAUACAUCGAUGAAACAUGGAACGAGGAUUGCAUGUUCCUGACAGAUGAUCCUUGUGAAAGGGCCAUAGCACGUUUUUGGGCCAGAUUUUCUGAUGACAAGUGCUUGCCAGCCAUUGUGGGAGUCCUAUCCAAGACAGGAGAAGCCCAAGAGAAAGCACUGAAAGAAGCCCAAGAGAGCCUGAAGACUCUAGGAGAAGCUCUCAAUGGAAACAAGUUCUUUGGAGGAGAGAUGAUAGGGUAUUUGGAUAUAGCCAACGGUUGGAUCUCUUAUUGGGUCCCACUCAUUGAAGUAGUGACUGGUCUGAAGUUGGUUGAUGAAAAUGAAAUGCCAUCUCUCCAUGCAUGGUUCAGAAAUUUCCUAGAUUUUCCUGUGAUCAAAGAGAUGCUCCCACCAAGAGAGAGACUCCUUUCUCAUCUAAAAAGCUUGCGUGAGGAUUUGAUUGCUUCCUCAUCCAACUCCUAGAGCAACCACCAGCUUUUGUGUCCCUGUAUGUGGGCUCCUUUCAUGUAUGUUGCAUAUAUUCAUGUAUUCCAAUCUGACUGUUCAUCUUUCUGGACCUACUGUAGGUGGGCCAUGCCCCCAACAUCACACUGA